AUGGCGGAAACUGCCGAGCUGCCAAAGGGCAUGACAAAGGAAUCUUUGAGCCAAAAUGAAUGUCCGGCGACCUUUGAAAAAAUGCAAGACCUCCUGAAAGCUAAAGAUGACACAUCCAGAUUCGUUGGUCUAGCCCUACUCAAAUCGGUUCUUGACAACGGGCAAUUGGUCCAAGAUCCUCAAAGACUUCGGAUACUAUGGGAAGCCAUGUCUCCUAAGUUCCUGGAUCGUUUGCUCCGAGCCCAUUACAAUAACAAAGUCAAUAAGUCUGAUUCGAAAGACAUGGUUGACUUGGCAGUAUCGGUGCUCCAUACCUUCUCCAUACUUUUACCAGAAGAAUCGAGGAGAGAGAAAAGACUGACUGGAAGGACAGCUCCCUUGGUGAAAGCGUUGAUACAAAGCCCCCCAGAAACUACAAAGCUCAUCCUACAAACUCUGUUGACUAUUGUCAGUCAUCCUGAGGGUGCCUUGGAGAUGCUUGCUAUCGAAGAUCUAUCGCCAUUGAUCGAAAUUACGAAUCAGUAUCCUCUGGCGUUGGAAAUCUUUGAGUACGGCUGGACAAGGCAACUGAUUAUUAUGCUGCGAAAACUUGUUGCAAAUAAACCCACUGCAGCGGGUAGAGCAGCGUAUACUCAUCUAGCAGCCGCACUUCUUCAGGCAUUUCCAGCCACCUGCCCGCCAUUGCUAUUCAAAGAUGAUUCUUCCGGAAACCCAGACAGCAAACCAUUCUCAUACUUGCUCGUUAAUCUCUUACUGAUAGACAUCCGUUCUUCGUUUCCAACGCUGCUCGAAAAGCUGAAUACCGUUGAGUACCCCUCAAUAUCGCAGCGACUUGCCGCAGCAUUCGACGUUGUCUCCAGCUUCAUCGGCUUCUUAGUCCGCAGUUUGGAUGACCAAGGUGGAUCGGGCUUCAGCAUGACGCCAGACCUCUUACUAAAGCUCCGGAAAGAUAUUGCAGAAACAAUGUCUAUUAAUAUCGAGUACCUUCGCGAUCGCUGGGAUGCAUCAGUCGCUGGCGCAUCAGGUCUGCAUCCAUCCGCACGAACUGGCACGGCAGCUACCUCGGAAGGUACUAGGCUCACUUUGACAUGGGAUUCAAUGAAGGACGAAGUCAAUGCCGAUCCACUCAUCUUGGCUGGCAUUCGAGCUCUCGCCAUCUGGAUCCGCGAAGACGAGAACGAGAAUCUACGCAACGAGACUGCCGGCCUCAUGGACAUGUUGGUUGAGCUCUAUAGUUCAAGCUUGCAAGGCGCUCUCGACUUCCGCUACCCGAUCUUGCUUGCUCUAGAGGGAAUUGUGGUUGCAGAAGAAGGUCUGGACAGAUUUCUCGGCCAGGAGGGAUGGCAGGUGCUGUUCCGAGAUCUCAAGUCGAUCCUCAAAACCACAUCCGACAAGCUUACGGCAGAAGGCUCAGCAGCCGAUGCAGGUCGAGGACUUCAAAUCGUUCGUGUCCUGCUUGGUGUAGUGGAUCACGAUGCUACAUCUCUGCCACGCGAGGACUGGAUGGCUGUAGUCACGACGGCGACCUCGAUGAAGGUCCCAGCUGCGACGGCUCUAUCUGUGAUUAUUGAGUUCCAGAUCGCGAUGCUGCAACUGUCGGCGGCGCUCCUUGCUAAAUCCUCGGGAGGAAUGACGAAGCGUUUUGUCUCGAGCCGACCAGCGCUUUCGGGCCUCGUGAGGCAGCUGAAAUCUUCUGUGGGGGAGAUGGAUGACGAGGCAGAAUCGGCCGAGUUCAUGGUAAUGUUGGACGAUGUGGAAUUAGAUCUGGGACACCUGUAG